AUGUCGCUCGACUUGUCUACUUUCCCGCCCAACAGCCGCCACGGAAACUUUAGCAACGCUUACACUGGUCACAUGUGCUACUGUCCCAUGCACCUUGACCUGACGGCACCCAAAAGCUCGGUGGGUGAAUGGGUCGGGUCGGGAAAACCCCUUUUCCCUGGAGACCCCGUUCAGCUCGUGACGUUUGAAGACGGAAAGUCUACUUUUCUUUGCGCUGGGUGCGCCGUGUCUGCCGUUGGGUGCUCCACGGGAGAUCCCGACGAGAACGAGUGGGCCGUAGGAACAGUCACGCGCAAUACCAUGGAGACCGCCGGUAUCUAUGAAGACUACAAGAACACCUUUAAAAAAGCAGUUUCUGUACAAUCAGGAGCUAUGGAUCCAGAUGGGGAGAUCUGUUCCAUCUGGGUAGAAGCGACCCCGUUCAAGAUUGACAGAGACACCAUGACUGAUCCAGACACGGUGUCGAGGAAAUAUGCCGAGUUUGCACAACUCCAGACUGUGGAUGAAUCCAAAGCAUCUCUAGCUGACGAAUGGGUGGAUCAGUAUUAG